AUGGCGGAUAUAUUUCAGGAGGAGGAGGAGGCGAUGACGGUAGGCGAAUACGAAGAGAUAGUCGAGGAAGCGUUCGCGGUGCUCGGUGCGGAUGAUCCCGACAAGUGCACAUACGAUAUGGGCUACCGUAAGCGACAGGCUCUCUAUUCCUGCCUUACGUGCGUGCCUCCGCCCAAAAUUCAAACUCCGUCCAAGGGAACUGAGGAAGGCGGUGCAGGAAGUGGAGGAAGCAGUCGUGCGGACCUAAGAGACAUAUUGUCUGGUGACUGGAAACCGGCGGGAAUUUGCACUUCAUGCUCUCUGAAGUGCCAUGAUGGGCAUGAGCUUGUGGAGCUAUAUACGAAGCGUCGAUUUCGGUGUGACUGUGGCACAUCCAAGUUUCACGGGUCGGCUGUUCCUUCAUGCCAGCUGAAACCUGACAAAGAUCCUUUGAAUGAACGCAACGAGUACAACCAGAAUUACGCGGGUGUAUACUGCAACUGUCGAAGGCCGUAUCCUGAUCCAGAGGCUGAAGCCCAAGACGGAGAAACGGACAUGAUACAGUGUGUCGUGUGCGAAGAUUGGUUCCAUGAGCAUCAUCUGGGCCUUGAGCCGGUGUUUGAGGCCCCUGAGGAAUUCUCGAACUUGAUAUGUGACCGCUGCGCCACCGUGAAGUGCCGUUUUUUGAAGCUGUAUCCUCAGCUCUUGCUAGCUCCAGAGCGUACUGGCGACGUUUCUUCAUGUGGGAAUGAGAACAAAAUUGAAGCGGUGAGCAAAGAGGAAGCGGAUGCCAAUGGGGACGAAGCAAGUCUCAAAGUUCCAGGCAUCAAAGCAUGCGACGAUGUAGUAGCCGCUCGUGGACAUCACGCUGAGGAUGUGGAUGCUGUCAAACCUCAGCAGUCUUGCUCAUCUCAUGAAGGCCCUCUUGAUAAACCUGCGGAUGAUUCAACAAGCAGCUCGAAGGCUGAACACUUGCCAAUGGGUCCGAAUGAGAGUGAGGGUUCAGUGCCAACGGGUCCGAAGGAGAGUGAUGGUUCAGUAAAGGCAACUAGUGCAGUUUCAGACGCCGACGCCCUCGGAGGCUCUGAUAAUUCCAAAGUCGGCCCUCUUUUUCUCACAAAUGGGUGGAGGGCCUCCAUCUGCAACUGCCAAGAAUGCACCAGGUUCUACGAGGACCAAGGGGUGGACUUCCUAGUUGAUGUCGAGGAUACUGUCGAAUUCUAUGAGGAAGAAGCAAAGAAGAAACGGCAACAGAAGGAGGAGGAAGCUAGUGUACAGGUUGAAGCUCAGUUUCAGAGCAUGGACCGGGUUGCUCAGUUGGAAAUCAUUCAUGGCCUGAACAGCUUCAAGUCCGAUUUUCAGGAGUUUCUGGCAAAGUUUGCAGGUACUGAUCAUGUGAUUACUGCUCAAGAUGUCAAGCAAUUUUCUGAGGAGCAGAAAGCGAAGCGCUUGCGUCAUUCAUGA